UACAAUAUUCUGGAGAACUUAUAAGCAAAUGUCUUCUCUUCUCUAAAGUCUAAACCUGUUGCCCAACUGCGAACUCCAUCACGAUGUCGACACUAACUUGUUUCUUCCUCCAACUUGUUUUCUUCUCUAUUCAUCCUAUCUGUAUUCUCGUAUUUAAUAACUCUCAUUCAUUCAAGUCUUUGGAGUUUACGAGGAUACUUCUUUUUACGCUAACUUUUUUCAUGAUCCCGACGAGAUCUUCUUAGUCACUCAAUGUUCUUCAUCGAUGUUCUUUGGAGUUUGUUUCCUCUAUACUUUUUCAGAUCAGAAAGAGAUUCUCUCUCAGAAACAGAGUCCAUCUUGCAGGUAGUUCCUGAGACAAUGGUUGCUUCUUCAUCCACCAUUCUUUGCAAUGCCAGCGAGUCAGAUCUUUGUCGUGACGAUUCCGCUGCGUUUCUGCUUAAAUUAGUAGCCAUUGCAUCCAUUCUCUUAGCUGGUGCUGCUGGUGUAGCUAUACCACUCAUUGGGAGAAACCGCCGGUUCCUUCGAACAGACAGUAGUCUAUUUGUAACUGCUAAAGCCUUUGCAGCCGGUGUGAUCCUCGCCACUGGGUUUGUUCACAUGUUGGCUGGUGGCACUGAGGCUUUGAACAACCCGUGCUUACCGGAGUUUCCUUGGUCUAAGUUUCCUUUCCCGGGGUUCUUUGCGAUGGUUGCUGCUUUGAUCACUCUGCUUGUUGAUUUCAUGGGGACUCAGUACUAUGAGAGGAAGCAAGAGAGGGAAGGUGCUGAUCCGUCUGAUGAACAGCUUGGUAUUGAACAGUCUCCUGGUAUCGUUGUUCCCGUGGUUGCGGAAGGAGGGGACGAUGAUGAUAAAGUGUUUGGAGAAGAAGACAAUGGCGGGAUUCACAUUGUUGGCAUUCAUGCUCAUGCUGCUCACCAUACACAUAGUCAUGGUUCUUGUGAUGGACACCAGAAAAUUGACAUUGGUCAUGCUCAUGGACAUGGACACGCUCACGGAGGUUUGGAGCUCGGAAGUGGAGCAAGGCAUGUAAUUGUUUCUCAGGUUUUGGAGCUUGGAAUCGUGUCACACUCCAUUAUCAUCGGCAUAUCACUUGGAGUAUCUCAAUCUCCAUGCACAAUCCGGCCUCUAAUCGCAGCACUAUCGUUCCACCAAUUCUUUGAAGGGUUUGCUCUCGGUGGAUGCAUCUCCCAAGCGCAGUUCAGGAACAAGUCAGCCACCAUAAUGGCUUGCUUUUUCGCCCUCACAACACCGAUAGGGAUCGGUAUUGGAACUGCAGUGGCGUCGUCUUUUAACUCUCACAGCGUUGGAGCGUUGGUCACGGAAGGUAUCUUGGAUUCUCUGUCGGCAGGGAUACUUGUGUACAUGGCUUUAGUGGAUCUCAUAGCUGCUGAUUUCUUGAGUAAGAGGAUGAGUUGUAACUUUAGGCUUCAAAUUGUUUCUUAUAUGAUGUUGUUCCUAGGAGCUGGACUCAUGUCUUCUCUUGCUAUUUGGGCUUAGAUUGUGAGAUUAUUUCUUCUGUUAUAGCUGCUUGCCGCAGAUAAUAUGUAUAGUUCUAGAAUAAUCAAUCUUGAAUGUAUUUUCUUGAUUCUUCGAA